CAGUUGGCCAUCGGGACAUUGCGUCCAUCGGGACAUUGCGUCCAUCGGGACAUUGCGUCCAUCGGGACAGCUCGCCUUCGGGUCAGCUGGCCAUCGGGACAUUGCGUCCAUCGGGACAGCUCGCCUUCGGGUCAGUUGGCCAUCGGGACAUUGCGUCCAUCGGGACAGCUCGCCUUCGGGUCAGUUGGCCAUCGGGACAUUGCGUCCAUCGGGACAGCUCGCCUUCGGGUCAGUUGGCCAUCGGGACAUUGCGUCCAUCGGGACAGCUCGCCUUCGGGUCAGUUGGCCAUCGGGACAUUGCGUCCAUCGGGACAGCUCGCCUUCGGGUCAGUUGGCCAUCGGGACAUUGCGUCCAUCGGGACAGCUCGCCUUCGGGUCAGUUGGCCAUCGGGACAUUGCGUCCAUCGGGACAGCUCGCCUUCGGGUCAGUUGGCCAUCGGGACAUUGCGUCCAUCGGGACAGCUCGCCUUCGGGUCAGUUGGCCAUCGGGACAUUGCGUCCAUCGGGACAUUGCGUCCAUCGGGACAUUGCGUCCAUCGGGCCAGCUCGCCUUCGGGCCAGCUGGCCAUCGGGCCAGCUCGCCUUCGGGUCAGCUGGCCAUCGGGCCAGCUCGCCUUUCCUCGUCCCGGCGCCCGGCGAGUGGGCCUGGCAGUACCCCUUACCGUCGGUGGGGCGCGCUCGCCUCCCCCCCUUGGCGACAUGCUGCCGGCCGGGCCGCGGCGCCGUCCGCUGCCGCGGCGGCGGCUCGGCGAGCGGUAUUGGGUUGAUGGCGCCAGCGCGGGGAGCAGACGGCUUCAUCGCGAAGCUGCCCCCAGCAGGCGUCUUGACGGGUAUCAAAAUUCUUCCCUACG